CCCAGUGCACCCCAGGCGUAUGGCUUCCAGUUCACUUUAUGCUACAAAUGUGAAGUGUGUAGCAAGCUGUAUUCCACUGAAGAAGCCCUCAAAAUUCAUUCUCAAAAAUUGCAUGGCGUUAAAUUGACCGACUGUAAGACAAUGGUGAAAUGUGACUCAUGUGGAUUGUUACUUGUGGAUAAACAGGCCUAUAAACAACAUAUCAUAACCAAUCAGAAGUGUGCUGAUAGUUGCACAAUUACAUCUAGUUCUUAUUACGCAGUACAAACGGCUGUUUGUGAGUACUGCAGUGAUACAUACCACCCUGGUGACCUUACUAAACAUUUGAGACUCAAACACGACGGCUAUAAGUGUUACUCAUGUGGAUUACAAUGCCCUAAUAAGGAAAUUCUUACCAGGCAUUACAUAGGAAACACAAAAUGUGCGGACAGUUGUCCUAAAUACAUCAAUUUUCAUAUUUGCGACAAAUGUGGCAAAAUUUAUUCACGUAAAUGUUCGCUUGAAGCUCACAUAGUUAGAAAUCAUUCUGAUGAAAACGUGCCAUGCUCUAUAUGUAAUCAGACAUUUCAGUCGAAUUACCAUUUAAAGAUGCACCAUAAAAGGGUGCAUGAUAAGAAAGUUCAGUGUGAGCAUUGUGGAAAGUCAUUUGGUAUGCCCCAAGAUUUGAAGGAACAUGUAAGGAUCCAUACUGGAGAGAGACCAUAUAAGUGUGAAAUUUGCGAUAAAAGCUUCGCACAAGGUGGAAGUUUGUACAAACAUAAGCAAUCACAAGCACAUAUAAAUAAGCAGAGUGAAUUUGAUAAUGCAAAUGAUCGGCAGCAAACAUAUUUCCAAUACUGAAAAUCAUAGAUUGGAGGUGUCUGGUGUGAAUGUAGGUCAAGAGAAUAUAGAAUCACAAAUCCUAUUUGUCAAAAAAAGUAUUUCAUUACUGUAAGAAUAAUCUCUUUGAAGUUUUCAGAUCUGUAUAUAUAUUUAUAUGAUAUGUUUUCUUCAGAGCCAUGGCCAUGUGGGGUAGAAAUAGUGAACAUUUUCAUUUGGUAAUCUUGCAUCCUGACUAUGACCUGAUUUAUAGCCUACUUCACAAGACACUGAUCAGUAGCACAUUACGUUACAAAUGUUCCUGAAGAUUUAUUAUACAAGAAAGAAUUUGCAACUGCAAAG